AUGGCGGCGCCGGGACCCCGGCAGCGCGGGCAGAGCUGCCCGUGCCCGGGGCUGCGGACGAGGCUGCCCGUCCUGCGCUGGCUCCCGCGUUAUUCCUUGGCCUGGCUGCAGCUCGACCUGAUCGCCGGCCUGACCGUGGGGCUCACCGUCGUGCCGCAGGCGCUGGCGUACGCCGAGGUGGCCGGGCUGCCUCUCCAGUACGGCCUCUAUUCUUCCUUCAUGGGCUGCUUUGUCUACUGCUUCCUGGGCACCGCCAAGGAUGUGACGCUGGGUCCCACAGCCAUCAUGUCGCUGCUUGUCUCUUCUUACGCCUUCCACGAGCCUGUCUAUGCCAUCCUGCUCGCCUUCCUCUCCGGCUGCAUCCAGCUGGCCAUGGGGCUCCUGCACCUCGGUUUUCUUCUGGACUUCAUUUCCUCCCCAGUCAUUAAAGGGUUUACAUCGGCUGCUUCCAUCACCAUUAGCUUCAACCAGGUCAAGAACAUCCUGGGACUGCAGGGGAUUCCUCGGCAAUUUUUCCUGCAGGUGUAUGAGACGCUGCGGAGGAUUGGGGAGACCAGGGCUGGGGAUGCCGUCCUGGGGCUGGCCUGCCUGGCCGCGCUGGCAGGGCUCCGGGUGAUGAAGAGCCGCCUGCCCCAAGCUGCCCCUACGGAGCCGCUGGCUGUCAGAGUCAGCUACCUCAUCGUCUGGACCUCUGCCACGGCAUGCAACGCCCUCGUAGUCCUGUUUGCUGGCCUGGUAGCUUACUCCUUCCAGGUGAUGGGGUCCCAGCCGCUCACACUCACUGGCAGCAUCCCCCAGGGCCUCCCUGCCUUCCGACUGCCACGCUUCUCCAUGGCGGCACCCAACGGCACCGUCCCCUUCUGGAGCAUGGCGGAGGACAUGGGGGUCGGGCUGGCUGUGGUCCCACUCAUGGGCUUGUUGGAGACCAUUGCGAUUGCCAAGGCUUUUGCCUCGCAGAACGAUUACAGGAUUGACCCCAACCAGGAGCUGCUGGCUAUGGGCUUUGCCAACAUCCUGGGCUCCUUCGUCUCGUCGUAUCCCAUCACGGGCAGCUUUGGCCGGACAGCGGUGAACGCGCAAUCGGGUGUCUGCACCCCCGCGGGAGGGCUCGUCACAGGCACCCUGGUCCUGCUCUCGCUGGCAUACCUCACCUCACUCUUCUACUACAUCCCCAAAGCGGCGCUGGCUGCCGUCAUCAUCUCGGCUGUGGUCCCCAUGUUUGAUGCUGGGAUCUUCAGGACGCUCUGGCGGGUUAAGAGGCUGGACCUCGUGCCCCUCUGCGUGACGUUCCUGCUCUGCUUCUGGGAGGUGCAGUACGGCAUCGUGGCCGGGGUGCUGGUCUCAGGGAUUCUUCUGCUCUACUCCAUUGCCAGGCCUCCAAUAAAGGUGUCAGAGGGGGACGUGCUCCUCGUGCAGCCGGGGAGCAGCCUGCACUUCCCAGCCAUCGAGUACCUCCGGGAUGUCGUGUGCAGCCGCACUCUGGCAGCAGCAUCUCCAUCACGCUCCAUCGUCCUGGACUGUUGCCACAUCAGCAGCAUUGAUUACACAGUGGUGGUGGGGCUGGCAGAGCUGCAGCAGGAGCUGCACAAGCACGGCCUCUCGCUGGCCUUCUGCAGCCUGCAGGACCCUGUUCUCCAAGUCCUGCUGUCCGCAAACUUAGAAGGAUUCCAGCGUUUCCCCAGCUGGGAGGAGGCAGAGUGGUGCGGAGGAGCGGAGCCGGGGGGCAGCGGGGCAGCCCCCUUCGCCAGCACCAGCGAGAGCUCGCUGCUGCCCGCGGGGCUCAUCCAGUGA